AUGGUCAAGAGGCAGCUGGAGUGCAAAGCCAAUGAGGUGAACUGCACGUUGCAGGCAAGGCUUCUGGAGGAGGAGGUGACUUUUGGGGCACAACAAACCAAGACGUGUGCUCCCAGAGCUGACUCAGAAGCAGCGCAGCCCCUCUGCAUCCACCCCAGCUGCCCAUGUGUACCAGGCAGUGGGAGGGACAGCCACUGCCAGAUUGCCAGCCUGUCCUCUGCUGUGUCUGUGUCAAGAGUGAAUGAAGUGGGAAAACCAGCAAAGCAGUGUACCCUGAAAGAGUUAAAGGUGAAUACCAGCUGCAGGUGGAGGCGAGGCGGCUGUUUCCAAGGUGCUACUGCAGACUCCAAAACAGGACGCAGGAGGUGUCGCUCAGUAGAGACCAUGUCCCGGAAGAACUGUGAGGCUGAACCCGGAGCCCCAACCUCUCCUAGCCUCCUGGAGGAGGAUGACCCAGGGCCCCUGUCCUGGCAACAGCAGGCCACCAGUUCAAGGGACAAGAAACCUCUAAGCUCCCUCCACCUUUCACAUAGGGCUCAGGUGGCCUUGGAGUAUCUGCCUUUCUUCCGCACCUAUGGGUGCCUCCUGGCAGAGGACGGGUUGGUCCUGCAGCCCGAGACACCACUCCAGGAGGACUCAGAACUGCUUGGCGGGUUCUUCCCUUACUACCGCUCUGAGGAGAGUUUGCCCAGCCUGGCCCAUCCUGGCUGGUCACACAGGGGCUCCCAAGACCCACCCACUGGGAGGGAGGCACAGGCUGGCUGCUUCUGCAGGACAACAGUUGGGGACGAAUGCUCUGUCUCAGCAGGGUGUCCCCAUGACAGUGACCUGCAUGCCCCUCUCUCCAGGGACCAUGUUCUUUAUGCAUCAGGAUUCGUGCCUUAUUACAGAACCCCUGAGGAGGGGCUACACACUAGCCCUGGGCCUCCUGCCUCUCCAACUGGGAGCCAAGGGUCCUCAGGGGCUGCCCAGGCCUGGUGCAGUCACACCACAGGGAAGCCAGAGCUGACUGCAGUGGAAGCCACUGGAGAGCAGACCCCCAGCACCCACUGACCAUAG